GGCGUGAGCCACCAUGCUUGACCUUGUUCAUUUAUUUUUUAUUGCUAUUGUUGGAUCUCAUUGUAUGAAUAUGCCAUGCAUGGUUUAUCCAUUUUCUCCUUAAUAUACCACAUCUAUUUAUUUUCCUGUUAGUGGAUUUUAUUGUUCUAUGUUUGUAUUUUAUUUUGUUUUUCGAGUUAGUUAACUAUUUGUUUUUACUAUACAGAUAAUGAAUGACCAUUAUUGUGUAUAUCUUUUUGAGAAGAUAUAUAGAGGGAUGUCUCUCUCCAAGUAGAAUUGCUGGGUUGAAGGGCAUGCAUAACCUCAACUUUACUAGAUAAUGUCAAAUUGCUCUCCAAUGUAGCUGUACCAAUUUUUACUUAAGCCAGCACUGUAUGAGAUUUACUAUUGCUCCACAUUCUUGUCAACACUUUAUAUUACCAUGUUUUAAAACUUUUGCCAACGUUAUGGGUGUGAAGUUGUAUCUAGUUUUAAUUUUAAUUUCCAUGAUUUCUAAUGAAAUUGGCCAUCUUUUCAAAUUUAGGCUACUUUUAAUAUCUUCUUUCUGAAAUUAUUUAACUUCAUAUCUCCAACAAUUACUUUUACUGAGCACUGAUUUAUACCCAAAGCUGUGCAGGACCUUAGGAGAGAUUCUAGUAAUAUGAAAUUGGUACUGGUUUAUAAGAAAUUAUAAGAUUUAUAAUCUUCUUAUAAGAAUCUUAUAAUCUACCUAUGUGAAGACAAAACUUUGGGAAACUGACACAGGCUAUCAUUUAUAGGGUAUUUCCUUCUAUUACUUUGCAAUGAAUAAUUGGCUGCAAGUUAUCAACUUUAUAAAGAAAUACUGAAUAAUUAUUUUACUGUUGUAGUUAUAAAUCACCUAAUAUGUAUUCAUUUAAUUAUAUUCAGAUGUCUUUCUGUGCUGCGAUUUCAUAGGAAGACCUUAAGAAGUUAGCUUAAAUUGUUAUAGUGCUGCUAGCAAUAAUUUUACAAAAUACUUGACAUCCCAAUGAGAUGUCUAAGAGCUAAAAAAGAAAUGACAUGAUGAUCCUAGAAUUUAAAAAGCUGAAAGUUUAAUCUGUAGGAUUCUGUUAACGUAGAUAAAAUAUAUAUACAUAUAUACACAUAAUCCCUCAAUAAAUGGCACUUCUGAGAUAGUCUAGACAAGGACCUAGCAGUCUCUUGGAACUGCAUGUCACCUUCAGGGUAAAGCCACGCCCAUACUUCAUAUUAAUAGGCCAGUAAACUGUCAAAGAUACAGAUAGAAGUUUUACAAAGAUUGCAGUGAAGACAAAGAAGGGUUCCUAACCCUCCUAAAACCCAAAUCAGAGCACAAUCCUUGAAAGGUGAAGAAGGCUGUGUUGUAAGGCACAGGAACUGUGUGCCAGCCUUCUCCUAGCCCAGUUUACUGUGACUCUGAAGACAGCCUGGAAUAGCUCUCUCAGGAGGAACGAGCUCAACCAUUGCCUUUGUCAAGCUCCCAAUGACCACAGUGUUCUCCUUCUGCCAUCAAGCAAGCGAUGCAGAAGUCCUGUAACAUUGAGGAGAUCAAGGGCAACUUUAUCAGACUGGUGAGCAGGUCUGAUGGAGAGAAGACUAUGUGCAUUUGACUGGCCCCUGACUAUGACACUUUGGGUGUAACUGGAAUGAUGAUUGUUUAAGCCAUGUCCAGUUGGCUAGUUCUAAAAAUGGCAGAAUUUUUCUCAUCACAAAAAGUACUAGCAGAAGAAUGGAAGAGAUAGGAAGGAACAAAGAGCAGUUGAGAAGAGACAAGGAAAAUGCACAUAAUUGAGGCAAAUGUUGACUGACACUAAUGGGGUUUGGCUAUUCCUGACCUAAGCUCUAGCCAGGAAAGACCCAACUGAAAAGUCAAUAUCUCCAAAGAAUUGAAGAUUGUUUACUAACUUUAGUUAUCUGGAACAAAGCCAAGAACCAAGAAGGAAACAAUAAAGGCCUCUGAACAACUAGAAUAGCUGUGAUAUAGAAGACAUAUCUCGGGCCUUCACUCCUGACUUAUUUUCCUAAUUUAACACACAAUUCUAGCAAACUCUGGCCUUAAUUUCCAGCCUACAGCAAACCUGAAACAGUAAAUUCGAAGGGGAAUAGUAAAUUCAGAGCUCUCUUACUAAAUUUACAUUUGCUAGCAACAUUGUGUGACAUCACAGUUUGAAAAUGAGAAAGAAAAAGAACUGAAAAUUCACAUCAGAAACUCAAAUAGUAGCAUGGCACUACUAUUCUUAAAAAUACCUCUAUUUUUUGUACUUGUACCUGGAGCAUGUGACAUAUACAGUAAUUAACUUUUUAAAGAAUAACUCUCUGUUUCAAACCUCUUUUCAUAGUCUAAAUGUCCAUUUAACUCUCUCCACUGACCCAAAGAAGUGUGAAGAUUGGCACCUUGCUGAUGAGGAUCUGCCCUGGGUUAAAAGAUCACAUAUGUAUAUGUGGCUCUUCCUCUCCCUCUCCCUGCUGCCUUUUGCCUCAUGCAGCUCAUGCAGAAAACUCUGCCAUUAGCUUCAGUCUCUUUCUUUCAUGCAGCCAACUGGAAAAUAAAGAGUUAGACAGGGGUUGAGGGGAGUCCUGGAGAGGAAGAGAUAUCUUAGACAUUUGCUGAAGUCAUGUGAUACUUUUCAAUUGGCCAAAAUUCUCUAGAUUUGGAGGGUUAUCAUAUUAGUCUGCUAGUAGGACCAUCACAAAAUACCACAGACUGGGUGACUUAACAGAAAUUUUCUCACCUUUCUAGAGUCUGGAAAUUCAAGAUGAAGGUGUAGGCAGGUUUGGUUUCUCCUGAGGUCUUUCUCCUUGGCCUGCACAUGACUAGUUCAUCCCUGACAUUUCUUCCUCUUUUUAGGACACCAGUCACAUUGGAUUGGAACCCCACCCUUCUGACCUUACUUAACCUUAAUUAGCUCCUUGAAGUCCCUGUCUCCAAGUAUAGUCACACUGGGCAUUAGGGAUUCCACAUAUGAAUUUGCGGGGAACACAGUUCAUUUCAUAACAGGGAUCGAAAUCCAGCUGACAAUUCAAGUGUUUCUUUGGGAGGAGAGAUGAUUGAUGGGUUAGGAAUCUGGUAUUCCAUUAUCCUUACUCAGUAUACCUUGUAAAACAUCCUGAAGCUCCUUCUAACAGCAACCAUUCUUCGACAACUGCCUAUCAUUUUUAGUCAACACACACCCAAACCCACACACAUCUUAUUGUUAUCGCUUAUGUUUUUUUCUCUCUCUUUGUCCAAAACUGCUGAAGGAGAGGAAACUAAGGAUUGAACAAUGUACUCAAGACAUAUUUGAGAUAUAGGAACCCAAUGGCUGUGUAUUGUUGUUUUAAUUGGAAUUUAAAAUUCCAGUUAAAGUUAUCAUUAGAACUUUGGCCCUGCCUACCACUCUUUUUCUUGCUUCUUCUCCGGAUGGAAGUGGAGUGGCCUUCUGUUUAGGUGCUGUUUUUGUUGUGGAUGCCCCAGUUUUCACAGAAUGAUUUUAAUCCUAUCCCUCAGCUCGUGUCUGUUCUUUGUAGAACGGAAUAACUACAUUCCAGGUACCAGUCAGGGAUUAAAUUUAUUAACUCAUUGCAGUCAAAAGCCCAACUUAUGAAAUAAUUAAAUAAACAAAAAAACACCCCAAUGCUUUUGGAGGAAUACCUGAAGAAUAUGCUGCCAGUCUGUUUCUUUAGAUUAGUAGUUCUGAAACAUGGAGCUGCCAGGAAACAUCAGUAUGUUUCUGUUAGUUUUGAGAUAUGUCCCAGCUGAUUCUAAGAGAAAACUACCAAAUUUGCCAGUAAUUUCAUAAAAAGUAACUAGAGUCAAUUCAAGAUUAUUCAUAUGACAGUGUUGUCUUCGGUAUUCUGUAAUGUGAUGUGUUUUGUCAAGACAAGAGAAAGAAGAGGAGUUAGAAUCCAGAAACCAACAUGGCUUAUUCAUGUGGCUUAAUGGGCCACACUUCCUAGUACACAGGAAAUGCCUGUGCCAAUUAGAGUAAAAGUAAAAGCCCUCUUUCAUAGUGUAGUAAGGAACUGUUAAUUGAAAAAAGCAGGUUAAAGUGAGGAAUUAUUAAAAGUUAUAUAAACAUUUAACACUUCAGUUGUACACACAAAUGUAUAUGCAUUGAUUAAUCUUUUCAUGUAGGGCCAAAGCUUUUUUCUUUUUUCUUUUCUUUUCUUUUUUUUUUUUUCUUAGUUUGGGUCUGCCAGUUAUCAUUCUGCUUUAUUUACCUUGUACAGAUCACACUCAUAAGUUCAUAAUACACUUCCUACUGUUUCCAGUUUUGCUUUGUUUUAAUUAAUGAGAGAAUUGAAUGACACUCAGGCAGCAAUUAGAGCAGAAGCCUAGAUUUUUUUCCAAUCUUUUAUAUUUAUCUUGCCCACACCUAGUUGGACAGCAGUCUAGCAACUUUUAUCUAGUAUUUCCAAAGUAUUCAGUUUGGUUUGUUUUGUCAAACAACAAACGUGUACUUCAUUGGUUUAUGUAAAAUUUGUAUUGGACAGACUUUGAGGCAACCCUCAUGAUACCUGCCUUCUGAUGUUCACACUUUUGCAUUAUCCCUUCCCCUUGAUUGUGAACAGGACCUAUGACUGACUUGCUUCUAACCAAUGUGAUAGGGAAAAGGUGAUGGAAUUUCACUCUCAUGAUUAUAUUAUAUUAUGUAAGACUGUCUUGCUAGCAGACUUGUUCUAGAGACUAUACUUGCUGGCUUAAGAAAGUAAAUAGCCAUGUUGGAGAAGUCCACUUGGCAAGGACCUAUGGACAGUCUCUCAAUAGGUAAGGGUGGCCCCUAGCUAACAGCCACCAAGAAGCCAGGGUCCUCAGUACUAACAGCUAAAAAGAAAUGAAUUCUGCCAGUAACCUGGGUUAGCUCAGAAAUAGAUUCUUCCCUAGUCAAAUAUCCAGAUGAGAACCAUCCUGGACAACACCUUGAUUGCAGCCUUAUGAGACCUGAGCAGAGGACCCAGUUAAGUCUUGCUUGGAUUACUGAGCCACAGAAACUGCAAGGCAACAAAUGUGUGUUGUGAAUUGCUAGGGUAUGGUACUUUGUUACUCAUCAAUAGGAAACUAAUAUAUUAAAGUAUCUAUUUCCAGUAGUAACUGCAACUGGCAAACAUAUUUGGGACCUAGAUAACCUCUGGUAAGCAUGAUACUCAGCUGCUUGCAGUGUAAGGCUGCAGGGAACACCACUAGCCAAGAGCAUUAUGGGUGCACAGAUAUCACUCACUGUGUGUUGCAGAGGAAAUGUAGAGAAAAGGUUGGCAGGUUAGUUCAGUAGAGGCCAGUUACAAAGAUGUCUGAUACACUGAAGUGCUGAGUUGUGAUUUUUUAAGUCAUUUCCUACAGCUGAACAAAUAAGUAAAAUUUUAACAAGAAAACAAGAAUAGAUGAGGAAAGUAGAAGUGGUAAUUCAUUUAGGUAUUGUAUAUGAGUGUAGGAGAGCAAGAUUGAUGCCAGGGACUUUUCUGUUAGAGAUAUAUAAUAGCGAUAAUACAAAUAAAUUACAAAUGAAACAUAAUAGUGCUAUUUAUAUUAAUAACAAGUUCAUAAACUUUAAAAUCUAUAUCUUAUAGCAAAACCAAAGUAAGUACUGUUUGUGUUUAUUCUUUAUAAUAUGUUCUUGGAGGCUUGGGGAAAAUAAUAUUUUUUUAAAAUAAUGUUCAAUUUUUUAAAUUACCUUAGUUAUACUUAAGCAUUUUUUCUUAUAAAAUGACUUUUAAAUGUUUAAAUGGCUGAUUUUACUACUCAGUGCUUAUAAAAUGAUUUUAUGAAAGUCAUCAAAUAAUAAGCUACCAUAUUUGACUUUCUGGAAAAAAUUACUUGGUUACAUUAAAACCUAGAAUCAUCAGAUUUGGGAAUUUUGGUUUUAUAGCUAUAUGUGAAUCUUUUCUGCUCAUAUUACGUGUGAAUUUUAUCUGCUCGUGCCACAGUAAGGAAAAAAAUAGGUUGAAAUAAGAAGUCUAGAUCCUCUGCAAAUCUAACCCGUAGAGCCCCACCCCUAUUGUCAGCCUGGGAGUCUCUGGGCAGUGGUCACCUGAUGAGGUGCCCCCUUGUUUCUCUUUGGGGUUCUCAGGGAGGUGAGUCUGGGGCGGGUUAGGUAGGCAGAGAGGAGGCUCAGGUGGAGUCAGAAGCCAAGGUAAAAACCCUGAAAGUGUUCUGAGGGGACUACCUGCUCAGACCAAGGGACCCCAUGGAGUUCCAUUUCUGUUGUCAGUCCUGGGUAGGCCCAGGCAGGGGUGGCAUCCUUUCUGUGUCAGAGCGAGAGGCCCCCUCAGCCCUCACUCUGGAUAAUCACCCAGAUUCCAGGCACAUUCUCCUCUGCUGACCUGAGGGCCGCCACUCAGACCAAGGCCCACACCUCCCUGAGACCCCUGAGGAGGAAUUGAGGGAAUAUGACUUCUGGCUCCCUCUGCCCAGGACCUCCAGGACUGCCCACGUUAUUUCGAGAAGUACGAAUAAUGAAGAUACUGAAUCAUCCUAAUAUAGUAAAAUUGUUUGAAGUUAUUGAAACAGAGAAGACUCUCUAUUUAGUCAUGGAAUACGCGAGUGGGGGUGAAGUAUUUGAUUACUUAGUUGCCCAUGGAAGAAUGAAAGAGAAAGAGGCCCGUGCAAAAUUUAGGCAGAUUGUAUCUGCUGUACAGUAUUGUCAUCAAAAGUGCAUUGUUCACCGUGAUCUUAAGGCUGAAAACCUUCUCCUUGAUGGUGAUAUGAAUAUUAAAAUUGCUGACUUUGGUUUUAGUAAUGAAUUUACAGUUGGGAACAAAUUGGACACAUUUUGUGGAAGCCCACCCUAUGCUGCUCCCGAGCUUUUCCAAGGAAAGAAGUAUGAUGGGCCUGAAGUGGAUGUGUGGAGUCUGGGCGUCAUUCUCUAUACAUUAGUCAGUGGCUCCUUGCCUUUCGAUGGCCAGAAUUUAAAGGAACUGCGAGAGCGAGUUUUACGAGGGAAGUACCGUAUUCCCUUUUACAUGUCCACAGACUGUGAAAAUCUUCUGAAGAAAUUAUUAGUCCUGAAUCCAAUAAAGAGAGGUAGCUUGGAACAAAUAAUGAAAGAUCGAUGGAUGAAUGUUGGUCAUGAAGAAGAAGAACUAAAGCCAUAUACUGAGCCUGAUCCAGAUUUCAAUGACACAAAAAGAAUAGACAUUAUGGUCACCAUGGGCUUUGCACGAGAUGAAAUAAAUGAUGCCUUAAUAAAGCAGAAGUAUGAUGAAGUUAUGGCUACUUAUAUUCUUCUAGGUAGAAAACCACCUGAAUUUGAAGGUGGUGAAUCAUUAUCCAGUGGAAACUUGUGUCAGAGGUCCCGGCCCAGUAGUGACUUAAACAACAGCACUCUUCAGUCCCCUGCUCACCUGAAGGUCCAGAGAAGUAUCUCAGCAAAUCAGAAGCAGCGGCGUUUCAGUGAUCAUGCUGGUCCAUCCAUUCCUCCUGCUGUAUCAUAUACCAAAAGAGCUCAGGCUAACAGUGUGGAAAGUGAACAGAAAGAAGAGUGGGACAAAGAUGUGGCUCGAAAACUUGGCAGCACAACAGUUGGAUCAAAAAGCGAGAUGACUGCAAGCCCUCUUGUAGGGCCAGAGAGGAAAAAAUCUUCAACUAUUCCAAGUAACAAUGUGUAUUCUGGAGGUAGCAUGGCAAGAAGGAAUACAUACGUCUGUGAAAGGACCACAGAUCGAUACACAGCAUUGCAGAAUGGAAAAGACAGCAGCCUUACGGAGAUGUCUGUGAGUAGCAUAUCUUCUGCAGGCUCUUCUGUGGCCUCUGCUGUCCCCUCAGCACGACCCCGCCACCAGAAGUCCAUGUCCACUUCUGGUCAUCCUAUUAAAGUCACACUGCCAACCAUUAAAGACGGCUCUGAAGCUUACCGGCCUGGCAGUACAACCCAGAGAGUGCCUGCUGCUUCCCCAUCUGCUCACAGUAUUAGUACUGCGACUCCAGAUCGGACCCGCUUUCCCCGAGGGAGCUCAAGCCGAAGCACUUUCCAUGGUGAACAGCUCCGGGAGCGACGCAGCGCUGCUUACAAUGGGCCACCUGCUUCACCAUCCCAUGAAACGGGUGCAUUUGCACAUGCCAGAAGGGGAACGUCAACUGGUAUAAUAAGCAAAAUCACAUCCAAAUUUGUUCGCAGGGAUCCAAGUGAAGGCGAAGCCAGUGGCAGAACCGACACCUCAAGAAGUACAUCAGGGGAACCAAAAGAAAGAGACAAGGAAGAGGGUAAAGAUUCUAAGCCGCGUUCUUUGCGGUUCACAUGGAGUAUGAAGACCACUAGUUCAAUGGACCCUAAUGACAUGAUGAGAGAAAUCCGAAAAGUGUUAGAUGCGAAUAACUGUGAUUAUGAGCAAAAAGAGAGAUUUUUGCUUUUCUGUGUCCAUGGAGAUGCUAGACAGGAUAGCCUCGUGCAGUGGGAGAUGGAAGUCUGCAAGUUGCCACGACUGUCACUUAAUGGGGUCCGCUUCAAGCGAAUAUCCGGGACAUCUAUUGCCUUUAAGAACAUUGCAUCAAAAAUAGCAAAUGAGCUUAAGCUGUAAAGAAGUCCAAAUUUACAGGUUCAGGGAAGAUACAUACAUAUAUGAGGUACAGUUUUUGAAUGUACUGGUAAUGCCUAAUGUGGUCUGCCUGUGAAUCUCCCCAUGUAGAAUUUGCCCUUAAUGCAAUAAGGUUAUACAUAGUUAUGAACUGUAAAAUUAAAGUCAGUAUGAACUAUAAUAAAUAUCUGUAGCUUAAAAAGUAGGUUCACAUGUACAGGUAAGUAUAUUGUGUAUUUCUGUUCAUUUUCUGUUCAUAGAGUUGUAUAAUAAAACACAAUUGCUUAAAACCUUGUAUAGUUGUCUAGAUUUCUGCACAUGAAUGUACGUUUGAUGCUUUGAUUUGAAAAUGUUCUUCCCUGUUACUUACAUUCUGGUGGGUUUUUUAAAUUCUUACCUCCAUCAUGCAAUUUUGAAAAUUGUGUCCAGAAUUAAAAGUGCAUAGAAAUAGUCUUUACAAAGUUGUAGCAUGGACCUUUAAAAAUUGUUUUAAAAUCAUAUUUAAAUUUAAACCAGAAGCUGAAAAAUAGAUCAGCUUUAUUAUACACAAAAUUAUUACUGCUUAUCUUUGCUCUUUUCCUUGUUAUCCCACAAGGUUUAGUUGAGAAGAUACAAAAUGUUUACAGUGUUGGCACUUAAGAGUUUUUAAAUUCAAGUACAUGAAAUUCAAUAAUAGCAUUGCCUUGAGCUAACUAAGAAGUACUGGGGAAAAAGUUAAAUCUACAUCAAGUUUCUUUUGAACUUUGAAGUGUUUUCUGACCCACUGCUAAUUGUAGCAACAAAAUUUAAAAGAAAAAAAACAUACUUUAUCUGGCUAUUAUAACAUAAAUUGUCACGUAGGUUUGCUGCCUUCAGCAUACCGCAAUAUAAUUGCGGGAAUAUAAUAAUAUUGGGACUGUUUCAUAGCACAAACUCAUCUUUACAGUGUUGAUCAAUGCAUCAGUUAAGAAAUAAUGCCACCUCAGGAAUUAACUGGCAUUGGAAACAUUUGCCUCAUUCUCCUCCUAUCCUCUUCAUUCACCCCUGCCACUGUAAUAUCUAUAAGUACUUAAGAGACUUGUGAGCAAAACAUACUAUUUAUAACAGUAUAUUAUUGAUUUAUGCUUAUGUGGUUGUUGAGUUUGUUCCCAUGUAACUCGUUUGUUUUAAAUAUUUUGCCAGAUUUCUUGUAUUUAUUCCACAUCAUUAUGCCUAUAAUGUGCCGCUUUGUGAUUGGGCAUUUGCCUACUUUUCUUUCAUAAUUAGUGAUAUAUGCGAUGUAAAAACCACUAGUAAAGGUACAUUUUAAUACUUGUUAUUUUAUACUGAAUUAGCCUUGGAGGUUGACUGUGCAAUGUUAUUUACUGUUGUAAUUACUGUAAUAUCAACAUAUGGGCCCCAUCUGCACACUCCUGAAAAAUAGAAAGUGUAUUCAAAUUUUAUCAGUUUAAAGAAAAUAAAGCUGUGAUAAAUACUGUAAUUCCAACCUACAUUAGAAGGUCUAAGUGUAGGUGAUGUGCCAUUCCAUAAUGGCUUCCAGACUAGGGUGAAUUUUACAUUCUGUACUGUACUGUGAUGUAGCUUUCUUCUGUAACAGUUAUGUUCUAAAAUUAAGUGAGGUUUUUUUUUGUUUGUUUGUUUUUUGCCUUAGCAAAGGGUGGUGUUUGAAAAAAAAAAUGUGUAGCCCCUUUUUAACCUAGUGUUCAUUCAAAAAAAAUUGAUGCAAAUCUUUAUUCACUUUCACUGGUGCACACUGAAAUUUUACUUGAACAGUUCUCAUAAUAAAGCACUUGUCUUUUGCUCUUUAUCAGAAUGUGAAUUACCUGUUUUCUAGUACAAAAGUAUUCUGUAUGAGGAGUUUAUUGUAUGUGUUCUAAAUUUAGUUGGCAAAAGGUGAAGCUGUGAAGGUUUUCAAGAUUAUUGAAGCUAUGAAGGUUUCUUGUCAUUAUGACAAGAAUAUUUAAUCUUUUUAUAGGAAUUCCUGUCACUGAAAUACUUUUUUAAAAAAAUAGACCUCCUGCUGUGUUUUCCACGGUAGAAACUGAUGUUUUUUUACAUUUUCUCACUGUGGCCAACUCUUCUGUGUUUGUAGAAAGGAAUUUGACUUCAAUAUCUUUUAUGAACUAAAAAUGAAAUCUUGAUACUCACUUUAGAUUUUUCGUUUUAUGUGUUCAUGACAACAAAUAUUUUUCAAAGGUUUAGAGGAAUUUUGCAAUAUGUUUGCAUAAAUAAAUACCAGUUUAUGUUCACUGGCUAUGUGAUACCAGGAUUUCCUUGGCUUCUGUUGAAAUAUUAUUUGAUAUGACAUCCCUUAUAUUAAAUUAAUUAUUUUGU